CGGUUGGCACCGAAAUUAAAAAAGAGGAACGAUUGGGAGUAAUUAUUUCGACCGAUGGACUGAAUAAUAAACACGGCAAGGCUCUAAUCGACCAAGUCAAAACAGUGGAUAAAAAACGACUAAUUAAAAAAUUAGGACAAUCAAUAGAAAAAUUGACUACUAAAGAAGAAAUUGUUAAAUUUAUGAAAGAAGCGAAAGAAGAGUUUGAUACCAAAAUAACGUGGCUUCAUUUUGAUCUUGAAAUGUUUUUGUUUGGAGAAAAGGCUGAAAGUAACAAAGAAUACAAUCUUAUCAGCCGAAAAAUCAAGAUAUUAGACAACUUAAAAGAAAACGAACCUGCUAAAUUUAAAGAAUUAAGAAAAAUAUUUAACUUUUUAGAAGAAAAUUGUUCUUUAUCUUUGAAAAAAUAUUAA